AUGCAAUAUAUCCGCAAUGUGUCAUGCAAACUCGACUUUAUCCCGGCUUCAAAUACUUCAAAUAAAUGCGUAAGGGCGGAAUGUUUAACCAUGAAUCAGUUUAGCACUGUUUAGUAUCUGGCUGUACAUAUUAGUACAGUAUUUUGUUUAAUGUAGUGUUUAAUAUACAAUAAUGGAAGUGAAUAGUGAAUCAAUGAUGACCCCUCAAGAUAACAGCGCGGAGUCUGUGGCAGACUCAGUCUGGAAAUAUAUUAAUAAUCCAAUAAUAGCAAUUUUUUCGGACUUGCAAAAUCCUGCGACAGAGCAGAUGCUUUGUUCCCUUUUGGAGUCUCUGUUAAAAAGAUCCUCCACCUUAAUAACUGUAUUGGUUCCACCAUUUAGUAAUAAUGCAGCGGAUGAAACUCUACAACAACUGGCUGUGCAAUAUGCAGCAUUCACAACCUGGUUGUUUGGCACAAUGUUUUACUUGGUAUGUAAGCCAUCAAGCAAUGUGGUGCUUUCAAAUAGUAUUGAAGUGCAAGCUUGUAUGCUUAGAAUAUUGUCAACGCAUCACAUGACAAUGUUUCAGACCAUUAGUUCAGAAUACUUAAAUAUACUCGACGAGAUAUUUGAGUUUCAUACAAAUAGCACAGAAACAGAAGAAAUGACACUCUCAAAGUUUCACACAGAAAAGGAUAUUAUACAGAAUUUGGACUUGACACCAUUUCCUGCAAAGAUUAAAUUAACAAAUGUGCCUUUGGUGCAAACAUCUUUAUUAAAGAUAAUUAUGAAGACUGGUGUUUUAGUUUGGGAUCAAGAAAAACUAUUGAAUAAGACUAUAACAAUAAUUGUUAAAUCUCCUCCAGAUUUAAAAAUUGAAGCAUUGCACCUAUGCACAGAAAUAAUAAAGAACGGUAUUGUUCAUGAAAAGGAAUUUACUGCUAUAAUUAUGUAUAGCUUAGAAAUAGUGAAAAGUCUUCCAACUUGGAUUAAUUCAAAUCUGUUACCAAUAAAUUCAUUGUAUCAAUUUGCAGAAAUAUUGACGCAUUUAAUACAAUUAUCACCUGUUUCACUUAGUGUUACAGAAUUAUGUUUUCAAGUUAUUGAUUUUACAGCUUCUGAAUGUUUUACACAUGCUGAUGCAAGAGCAGAGACAAUAGAAAAGUUAAUGGAGGCAACAUGUUAUAAGAUUAAACAAUAUUUAAGCGUAGAACCAAGUACUGUUUCAGAAAUUGGGAAAUUUUUGUCUUACUUCACACGUUGGCCAGCUAUUAUUGACAUUUUUAUGCAAUUUAUUUUUAUUGAUAUUCGACGAGUUGUCGUGCCAAACGAAGUUAUUCUUGCAACGGAAAUCAGCAAGCCAUGGGCAUUAUUAAGAAAAGAGUUAAUAAACUUUAUGGAAGCUGGAAAAUUCACAGAAGUGCUGCAUAUAGUUAAAGCAUCAGCUUUAUUGCAAUCGUGGUUGGAAAAAGAGGAAAUUCAAAUAAAGCUAUACGAAAACGACUUGAAUUGCAUAUUGAAAAUUCUCAUGCAAAACUUGAAUUCUGAUGCGCGUCAAGACGGAGAGAUUGUCUUUGAAAUUUUAAUUCAUCUAAUGGCUCACAAGGAGUCGAAUAAAGUUUUGCUACAAUCGAUAUUAGCACUGCCUUUCACUCAGGAUUUCAAAGGGUCCAUGGACAUCAGUCAAAAGAUGGUGGAAAAAGCAAAAUCUCUUAAUGUUAAAACAAUGUCAAAGUGCCUUGAAACCUUGUGUGCGCAUGGUAACGGAAGAGAAAGAUUGAAAUUAUUACGUGUUUGUAUUUUAAAUGGUGAAGCAGAAAUAGCUGUUGCAGCAGUGUCAAACAGCGUAUUGCUACUGAACGAUGCAAAUAUACAAUUAGAAGAUGUGUGCCAAUAUGUUUUAAAUACUGCUUUAUCUUCAACAAAAGUAGAAAUACACGAGGCUCUUGCAAAUGUCUUAAGUCCGAUGGUUUGUGUCUCGUCGAGAAAAGGAAGGAUAAUCAGUGAGUCAUUAAAUGACAGGAAGUGGACAAUAUAUUGCGAAUGCUGUACAAAGAAUACGCAAGAAAAUACGGAAUCCAGUGUACAUUUUUUGCCAAGAGACCACGAUCAUAUUUUUAACGCAUACUUCAAAUUACUUUCUUCGACUAACGUUUCCAUACGCCUGCAUAUGUCUAAGAGUAUCCUGUCUCUUUCAAAUCAUAUAAAGUCAUUUAACUCGAACGAGGUAACGAAGGAAUGGCUUUCUUACAUACACGAUGACAAUGUUGAGAUCCGAUCGAACAUUGCGUCGGUAAUUGGACGAUUAUUGAGUAACAAAAUUUCCACGUUGGAAAGCGAAUGCCUGCCGGACACCGUGCCAGACGAUUUGGACGAAUAUGUCGAUCUAGUAAUCGAUGUUAUAGCCAACACUCUUAUGACUGCAUUGAAUAACUCCAACCAUUCCUUGCACGAUACGUUACUUGACACUGCAAAGAACUUUGUAUGCGUUCCACUGCAUAUAACGGAAGGAAGGAUUUUGAAUGUAUUUUUAAUUACAAUAUUACAUCUAAAUUCCUCACUCGCAGCUGUAGCAUCCGCCACAAUGGCAUAUCAGGAUGUUGCUAGCUUUCUAAAUGUCUCUACAAAAGCUUUGUACAUCCGAUAUCGAAAAAGUUUCUUAAAGCUUAUAAUGGAACGUGCAGUCAGCAAUUAUAUAGAUUUCUCGUACAACAUGGCAACUACGGUACACCGGAUCGCCAAAUGCAUAGGCUACGAAGGAUCGCGUCAAUUGCUGCGCAAGGACGGUCAUUACGCAAUCUGCUUUCUGAUCGUUCUUGUCGUUGAAAAUCCAAAAGCAAACGUACUUUUAAACGAUAUAGCAGAGUUGAUAAGCAUGGACAAGGAACAAAUGCUUCAAGAAUAUUUCCCGUAUAUUUGCAGUUAUGCAUUUUUAGAAACACCUCUACGCAUAGCUACAGGGUGUUUGAAACUUGUAUCAAGAAUAACAAAAAUGAGUCUUGCAGUUCUUACAAAACAGUCAUUUAUGGGAAUUUUCGAGGAACUUAUGUUGAAUUUUCACGAAUCUCCCGAAAAAAUAGUGAACUUCUUAGAAAUUAUUUCUGAAUUUGAUAGCAAUCAGAAAGGAAAUUUCGGUACACAAGAAGAAGUUGCAGCUUAUUUGAAUCUACGGCUACACGGUAUAUUGGUAAAUUUCGAUAUAAAACUCGGUCCGAAAUCAGACGAAUAUACACAGCAAUCCGCGCUUGCCUCACUGGCUGCUCUAAUUCGUUACAUGGGUGCUGCUUACUUGACUCCGCUGAGAUACAAAAUUUUAGCCACAUUACGAACGUCGCUUGGAUUCAAGAGACCUGGUUUCCCAACGUUGGUCUGUAAAGCGUGGGAUGCGUUUAUUCACAACAUAGCCAUCGAGGACUUGGGAACGUUAUUUCCAACGAUAUGCGUGUCACUGAUACCAUUGCAGAAGAUAUUUCCUGAAAAGGUCAACAGUAUGUUAGAGUUUCUGAUUGUUGAAAAUAGCGGAGAGCACAGCAGCCACAUUUCGGAAUUAUUUUUCAUAGACGACAUGGACGUUCCCACUCAUAUAUCUAACAUAGUCAAGGCACGUAUCUUGCAGGCGAGACCCGAGGGAUUUAAUGCCAAUUUGAUGUUAUGGUUGAAACGGAUUACUCACGAAACCGAUGAAGUGCGAAUCAGGGCUCUGAAGCAUUUGCAAACGUUUUUGGAGAAACAUCGCAGUGAGCUGAACAGAAUGAUAUUAAGCGAAACGGACGUCCAUCCACUGAUCGUUGAACUGUUGGAUACUCUACUGAUUGGAUGUCAGGACAAGGACGAAUCGAUCCGUUUAUGUUACGGCGAAUGUCUCGGAGAGUUGGGAGCGAUUGAACCGAGUCUUCUUCCGCGAAGGAUUAUUUCCAGAGAGGACAGCAAAUUUAUAUCAGACAUAAAUGAAAAAUUUGCGUGCGCGCUACUCCUGGAACACGUGCGGGCUUUCCAAAUGCAGAAGAAUAGCCAAAGUAUGGACUGCUUCUCGCUUGCUAUACAGGAGAUAUUGAAAGCGUACGACAUUUCUCCGCAAGGUCAGAAUAGUGAAUUGUGGAAUAAUUUGCCGUCUACGAUGCAACAGAUUAUUAUUCCAUUCUUGACGUCACAUUAUAAGAUAGCGACCGUUAGUGACGACGAUGAGUUUCCACAUCCUAUUUAUGAUUCUGAAGCAGAUUCUUCGGUCGAAAGCUGGGCUUACAACUGGCUUUGCAGCAUGUCCAGCGCCGUACGCGAUACGACACUCAAUAAAGUAUUGCAGGCAUGCAAAUUGGCAUUCAAGCGCGAUAUAAAAACAUUAAUAUUUUGUCUGCCCUACAUCGUGUCGUAUAUAAUCGCAAAUAAUCGAGAAGAGGAACAUGUUAAACUCAGAGAAGAGAUGUUAGCCGUGAUCAAGCGAGAGAAGCCCGUGUUGGAUCCUGAACUCUUGCGUCACCAACCACUGCAAUACGGACAGAGCGUGAAGGCUGAUGAUGAGAGAAUCUCGGAGGAAACCAGGCGUACACGCUACUCUCGGGUAGUUUUCUGCAUAUUGGACCAUUUGCAAAGAUGGCUCAGGGAACGAAGACUGUUUCAAGACAGCAGAUACGAGGCGAUAAAAAGGUUUUGUGACAGAUUAGAUAGCUUAGUAGUGACAAAAGGUUGUUACCAGUCACAGGAAUACCAUCGAGCAUUGAUGUAUCUGGAACAGCACAUGGCUUCUACAAAUAAAGGCUUGUCGGAGCUGACGGAAGGUGGUUUACUCGCCAAAAUUUACGCGCAACUCGAUGAGCCCGACGGUGUAUCCGGUAUUUUGGCGACCCAGGAUCAGUUCCCUACUUUGCAACAGCUAGUCGUGGCUCAUGAAGUCAACGGACAGCUUCAGGACGCAGCUACGUGCUACGAAAGGCUCGUACAGAACAAAAACUUGGAACAUACGUACUUACAAGGCAUGAUUCAAUGUUAUCUUGGGCUGGAUCAACCGUUCACUGCCAAGCAUAUUACUGAGGGCCUGUUGAGUAGCAGACCGGAACUAGAGCCUCUCAUAACCGAACGCGAGCUUUUCUGGAGGCUCGCUCACUUCUCUCGAUUUGAAGAAACGUCGCAAAAGAAUAUCAAACACGUGCUGCUAGACGAUCUCAUAAAAGGGACUAAGCCGGAUCUGCUGUCGUUAAAGAAAAAUUUAGUGCAGCUGCUAGAAGAUGCGUCUCGACCGGGAGUUUAUCAACAGAGUUACUCGCAUAUCAUGAAAUUACACAUAUUGAAUGAAUUCGAUAAGGCAGUGUCGAUGAUGUUGAACAAUGCCGAAAGCCUGCCGACGAUACUGGAAGAAUGGGAGGAACGCGGGCAGUUGUUGAGAGCAUCCCGUGGUGUGGAGUUCGUUCUGAGUAUGCGAAGAGCCACUUUGGAUUUAGCUGUACAGUUGGAACAGAAAACGCACAAUACAGAAAAUUCCAUGCUUAAGCAAGAAAUUGGUAAAAUUUGGUUGAAAAGCGCCAAAAUUGCGAGAAAAGCCGGUUUUCACCAACAAGCGUACAUGCAUAUUUUAUCUGCCAGCGAUUCGUGCCCGCCGCAGCCAUUGUACAUAGAACAAGCUCAAUUAUAUUGGCAGAAGGGCUGUCAGGAAGAUGCCUUCACUACUUUAAAACGUUGUUUUUCAAAUUGUUUCCAACCAGCGCAAUAUUAUAAACAAUUAUCUUCAGGAGACUGCAACGAAGAAAGAAAACAGUGUGCGAAGGCAAAGCUACUUUUCGCAAAAUAUAACGAUGAAACUCUCAACGUCGACACGGACGGCUCCAUCCUUAAUUACAAGGAAGCGAUAGAAGUAUGGAGAGGGUGGGAAAAAAGUUGGUUGGCAUGUGCCGAAUAUUAUAAUACUAUAGUUGAGAGGAUGUCUGAAGAAGACAAGGAUAGAAAUAGGCGAGAUCUGCAAAUACACAUGUUGAACUUUUACGGCAAGUCGCUUCAGUACGGUUGCAAGUACAUUCAUCAUUCGAUGCCAAAGAUGCUGACCGUCUGGUUAGAUGUUGCUUCUCGCGCCACACUAGCUUCGGAUCCACCGGAUGUCAUUGAACUUCGCCAAGAUCGUCUGACGAAGAUGACUCAGAUUAUGGAGGUUUAUCAUCACAGAUUACCGACGUUCAUGUGGCUGACGGCAUUCAGCCAACUUGUAUCGAGGAUUUGUCAUCCGUCUCCGCAAGUGCAGAGCACCCUUUGCACAAUUCUAGUGAAACUCAUUUCGACGUAUCCUCAGCAUUGCUUGUGGAUGAUGGCAUCAGUUUUUAACUCUUCGUACCCGGCGCGACAGAAGCGGUGUCAAGAGAUCUUGAACCACGCACAGUUGAAAACGUCAAGCAUGUCCAAGCUUAUUAAGGAUUUCCACAGACUCUGGGAAAGGCUGAUCGAGUUGUCUAAUAAACCAGUGUCAGAUGGAACGUUGAACACCACGGUGAAUGUGUUAUCGAAAAAUUUGCCCAGACUACUCGCAAGCAAGGAUUUCAGCGCGAUCAUGAUACCGACGACAAAAUUCAGGCAACUACACCUUCCGUCCAAGAACGCUUCGAUGAAGAAUCAUAAUCCAUUCUUAUUGAGAUGGGUGCACAUAACAAAGAUAGAAGAAAACGUGAUGAUAAUGCCGUCGCUUCAACGGCCGCGACGAAUCACGUUGAGAGGAUCGGACGGCAAACAGUAUCUUUUCAUGUGCAAGCCGAAAGACGAUCUACGCAAAGAUUUCAGAUUGAUGGAGUUUAACGAUAUCGUCAAUAAGUAUCUUCAGAAUGAUCCGGAGUCGCGACAAAGAAGGCUCUACAUUCGGACAUACAGCGUGGUGCCGUUGAACGAAGAAUGCGGCUUAAUAGAGUGGGUGCCCAACUUGGUUGGAUUUCGACCUACUAUUAUGAAUCUGUACAAGGAGAAAGGCAUCGCGCUAACAAAUAGGGAACUCAAGACAUAUAUAUGUACAUUGAAAGACCCGUUGGAAAAGAAAAGACAGAUAUUUCUACAGAAGCUAUUGCCACGGCAUCCUCCUGUAUUCGGAGAUUGGUUUCGCAUUAUGUUUCCUGAUCCGUAUGGAUGGUACGAAGCCCGCACGGCUUACACCAGGACCACCGCUGUUAUGUCCAUGGUGGGAUACAUACUUGGACUCGGUGAUCGCCACGGAGAAAAUAUAUUAUUCGAUUCCAAGUGCGGGGAUUGUGUACACGUCGACUUCAAUUGCUUAUUCAACAGGGGCGAACUGUUUGAUUGGCCUGAACGCGUGCCGUUUCGUUUAACACACAACAUGGUAGAUGCUAUGGGUCCUCUAAAAAUUGAAGGACCGUUCAGACGCGCCUGCCAAGUUACGAUGCGAGUACUUCGGCAGGAAUCGAGUACACUGAUGAGCGUGCUCACGCCUUUUGUGUACGACCCCCUUGUCAGCUGGAAUAGGAAUCAGCCCGGUGAAGCAGCUGAAAAAACUAAUGAAAAAGCUGUAGAGCAUAUAAAAAAUAUUGAGCAGCGAUUGAAAGGCUUGGUUCGAUAUCCCGGAAGAAAGGCGGAAAAUAUUGCGUUACAUCUCAGCGUCGAGGGACAAACCAAUCACUUGAUUUUAGAAGCGACAAAUACGGAUAAUCUGUGCCAAAUGUAUUUCGGCUGGGGUGCAUAUCUAUAAUGAGUAUUUGACACGAUUAUCCUUACAGGACAAGAGCCUACGAACAUUUCGUCCGAGCCGAAACUUCGAAGCAACAUAAAGUAUGAGACAGCAGUGCUCAACACCUGUAAGCCAAAAUUAGAAUAGAUUGUAGAUUACUUUUUAAAUGUACGUGCGAAAAUAAU